GAGAGGAGGAGAAGGAAUAGGAGGAGGAGGAGGAGGAGACUAUGAGGAUGGCGAUUCUCCUGAGGGCGAGCUAGUGUGCAAAAACAAGUGGAAGUGUGUCAAGCAAGGAGGCAUCUGCAAAUCAGAUGGUCUCGAUGUGUGCGAAAGGGUUGAGAAAAGAUGUGGCGGAAAUGGUUGCUUCUGUUGCAUCAUGAAAAGAAUGGAGGAAUGCAAGCAGAAGAGAUCAUGCCACAGGCAGGGAGGCAUCUGCAUGAAGACCUGCUACCAUGAUGACAAAGUGCUUCCCGGCCUUUGUAAGAAAGGCUGUUCCUGCUGCGUCUUUCCAGAUAUUUUCGAAGAUCAGGGAGGAGGCAUAAGCAUUGCAUGUGUGCAGAAGAAACCCUGUCUUCACACGGGCGGAGAGUGCAAGGAGAGCUGCCUCACAGACGAGGUUCUAGUGCCUGGUUUGUGCAAGAAGAGGUGUCAGUGUUGUGUUCCUGAAGAGUUAUUGGGGGAUGGAGAUGACACUGACACGGAUGCUGGAAGCCACACUGACUGCGAGCAGAAGAAGCACUGCCUCGUCACGGGAGGUCAGUGCCAAAUGGAGUGCCAGGCGGAGGAGGUCCCAGUGCCAGGCCUGUGCAAAAUGGACUGCCAGUGUUGCCUUCCAAAGGAUAUUCUUGGGCUUGAAGAGGACGGUGUGCCGGCUGGAGCUUGUAAACAGAAGAAACAUUGCUUCAAUGCAGGAGGACAUUGCAAAACUUCCUGCGACGCAACGGAAGAACUACUCCCAGGAUUAUGUAGGAAAUACUGCCAGUGUUGUGUUCCUGCAGGAGUUACUGAGGAACCGGAAGAGGAAGACGAGACAGGAGACACUGACGACUGCCAGCAAUGCCAGCAAAUGCAAUAUUGCGUCAAUGCAAAAGGGACUUGCAAGACCACCUGUCUCUAUUCGGAAGUGGCCCUCGCUGGACUGUGCCAGGAAGGGUGCCAGUGCUGCGUGCCGGCAGACGAUGCUGACGAAGAUACCGGUGAUGAUGGAUCUGUGGAGGAUUGCCAACAAAGAAGGCGCUGUCAAAAAGAAGGAGGAGAGUGCCUGAGGACUUGUCGUGAGGGAGACACAGUGCUUCCUGGCAGAUGCAUGAAGGGCUGCUCCUGCUGCGUUCCUGAAGGUGGGUCUCUUCCUCCUUCAGAGAACUGGGUGCUAUGGUAUUAA